GUAAGGCAGUUUUUUCUUUCUUUCAGAUUUUGAUUUGAAAUUUGCAGAAACUCAGAUUUACCUCUUCGCAAAACCUCGCCAUUGUUGCUCAUUCUCAAUCUCCAUACCCUCUGUCUCGAUUAGGGUUUUGAAGAAGAUCAUUUCGCAAGUUCCUGUGGUCGAAUUCGAUCGAUGUCCGCAUCAACGGUGUCAAUCACUGCCCACACGGCGGCGACCGCUCGCCGGACGCCGGUUGUCGCCCGGGGUAAGAAGUCCAACCACGAUUUUCCGGAGAGAGAAUCCGUAGCAAAUGCUGGAGUCCGGGAAACCGCUGGUUCGAGCGGGGAUCUGAUCCGAGCCGAGGCCUUUGUGGAGAGAUCUCCGAGCAACUCGGUGCCGGUGGUCAGGAAGACGGACUCUGCCGCUACGGGGACCAAUGUCGCCGCUGCGCAGCGGCGGACGCGCAAGGGUGCGGCGCCGAAGCCGCCGGAGAAGACCCGGGGGAAGAGAGUGGUGAGGGUCUUCGCGAAGCAGCUUGCGGCUCUUUUGCUACUUGCCGGGUUGAUUCAAUUGACCAGGAAGGUGAUUCUGGGAGCUGGAAAUUCUCCGUCUUCUUCCAUUGGGUCAGAAAUCGUAUUAUCGGAAUUGGAGGCCCGAAUUGCGGAUGUGGAUGGGUUCGUGAAGACUGCAACAAAGAUGAUUCAGGUUCAGGUGGAAAUUCUCGACAAGAAGGUGGAUAGCGAGGCAAAGACAUUGAGGCAGACGAUCGAUGAAUCAAAUUCAGCGUUGCAGACUGAGUUGGAUAGGAUAGAUUCUAGGAGCGAGAGGUUAGAGAAGUCAGUUCAUGAACUAAAUGGUCAAACCUGGGUGUCCAAGGAUGAAAUGGAGAGGAUUUACGAGGAACUGAAGAAGGGUAAGGAUGAUGAAUCUGCUGAUAGUGACAUAAACCUCGAUGAACUGAGGGCUUAUGCUCGGGAAUUAGUGGAGAAAGAGCUUGAAAAACAUGCUGCAGAUGGUCUUGGCCGAGUGGACUAUGCCUUAGCGUCUGGUGGUGCUUUCGUGAUGAAGCAUUCAGACCCUUAUCUGGUUGGAAAAGGGAGUAAUUGGUUUGGAACUAACCGGGUCCAUAGCAAUGCCAUUAAAAUGCUAUCUCCUAGUUUAGGAGAGCCGGGGCAGUGUUUCCCUUUGAAAGGAAGCAAUGGCUAUGUUCAAGUCAAGCUAAGGGCACCGAUCAUGCCAGAGGCUAUCACGUUGGAGCAUGUUGCUAAGAGUGUUGCUUAUGACAGGUCGAGUGCUCCCAAGGACUGCCGGGUAAUGGGAUGGUUCCAAGGUCAGGACAUGGAGCCUGCAGCUGAAACCGAGAAGAUGUUCCUUCUGACAGAGUUCACUUAUGACUUAGACAAGUCGAACGCUCAGACAUUCGAGGUUGUGGACUCGGCUCGUUCGGGCAUUAUUGAUACUGUCAGACUGGACUUCAAGUCCAACCACGGAAACGCAUUCCACACUUGCAUCUACCGGUUCAGAGUCCACGGCCGUGAAACAGAGGGCGUCUCCUUCUCGCCAACGAGGGUCUGGGCUUGAUUACAAAAACUCUCCAGGUACCCUUUUGUAACAUUCUUUCCAUCUACCUCUCUCUCUGUUUUGAAUUAUCGAUUCUGUGAUUACCUUUCUUGUUUUUUGAUGGGAUUAGGCAACACAAACGAGUUUCUUUUUAUAAAUUGCCCAAAUUUAUUGAAACUA